GGGCAACCCUUUCAGCUACUCCGCAGCGAGAGUGACUUUCCUGCGGUUAGAAGGCCCGGCCCCGCGCGGAAGGCCCCGAGGGAGCGCGCCCCGAAAGUAUUGGGCCCCUCGAGGAUUUUUCUUGUAGGCAAUCUAAAGGAUAGGUAGGGAAGGGAAGGCGUUUAGUACAGAGGGUUAAAACACUUCAGGGCUCUUAGGGUGCUGGUGGACCUGGGGGGAGGGAACUGGGACAGCCAGCUGAGUGCCUAAGCCUUCCCCACCUCCAGAUCCGAGACAAGGUCGUUCAUUUGCAUGAUGGAAAUGAGGUCUUUGUACCGAGCUCCGGACUGGCCCAUUUUAAGGCCCUGUCCCAUAUAAGCAGCUCCCAAAGACUGGGGGCCACCACAUGACUCCCUCUGGGGACAUUUAUGUUUCCCAAAUCCAGAGAAUCGGAAUUGGGUAGACAUCUUCAUUUGCCACACCCCAGCCAGAGUUGGAAGUGGGGUGGGGGAAGGUGCCUAUGACCCAAAGAGCUGGGGCUGGGGUGGGGGGGGGGAUUUGUAGCUGAGAGGAAGGAGGAAGCCUGGACAACGUCUCAGCCUCCCCUCCCCUCCCCUCCACAUGCAAACAGGCACAUAGCCCUCCCUGAGGUAGGUGGUGGAGGAGAAUUUUCCUCCUGAGCUGAGCACAACUGAGACACUUCCCUGGGAGCUGGAACGUGUGUCCGUCCGCAGGGCUGCAGAUUCCCAGCACAGAAAACUACAGUUACAAAUCCUGCCUGUGGGCUUUCUGAGCGAUCCCUGUGUUGUGCACUCAAGAACGGGUGCACCCAAUUCAUAUCCACCUCUCCAUACACGUGCUUCCUCGCUGAGGCAGGAGGGGCACCCCAGAGGGGCAGACGGCGGUGCCUGCCGUGUAUUUACAUAUUCCCCCCUUGGAGACAGACAGACAGACGCGGCAGUGGAUGGAACCACAGACAGAUUCGUAGAGAUCUGGCUCCAGAAACCAGGCGGCCUCUGGCCCAGCUCUGCCUGCCUGCUCUUUCUCCCAAACAAACGGAUCAGAGGAAUAAACGCUCAUAAAUACCUCUGGGCUUAGAUAAGAGCGAUGAGGCGCUAUUUCCUUUCAUGCUGGACUACAGGCGCCCAGGCCCUGCCUUUGCGGCUCCAUCUCGUGACCACAGGCAACCUGCAGAGGUGAGGUUAAUUUGGGGCUGUGACUCUAAGGAUAAGGCGAUUAUUUUCCUGCUUCUAUCACAGGGGAAUCUUACUUUGUGCAGACUCCACAGGCAAGCCCAUACAGUCCCCGGAUGGAGACUCUGUGGCCGGGGAGGGCCAGGGAUGUCUGAAGCCCAAGGCCCAGCCUCAGUGGCAGGGAGGGGGGCGGUGCACACACAGGCACUGCCCCACCCUGCUCACCUUGCCCAAACGCUCCUCACGCUCCUGUGGGAAUGGGCCCAGUCACAGUUAGAUUGGAGCAUUUAUGAUUCCCCAUCGUUAGGAGGCUUGAGUUUACUUUUCUUAAAAGAUUUAACGACUGUUUCAUCUUAAAAGAUGAAAAGACUGUAGAGUCUGGCUGGGAAGGGAUGGCCCCUCGGCCAUGAAGGGGCAGCCCAGAAGUUAUCCCGAGUUCAGGAAGCCUUGUAGGCCACUGUGCAGCCAGCCAAGUUCCCACCCUUAGUCACCAGCCCCAGUCCCUACCACUUUCCCGUGUGUCUUUCACCAUCUGUCGUGGGCAGAGCUGGCCCACAGAAAGAAGCCCAAAGGGCAAAGGAGAGAGGAGGCUCAGCCUGUCCCCUUCAUCAGAUUUUGCCCCACACCCAGGCCCAUUCCCAGCUCAGGUCCCAGGGUUGUCACUCUUUGCUGCCUGGCCUCCACGUGCACAUCAGAAUGGUGGAAACACAUUGCAGCUCAGUCCUCCAACCUGGCUUCAAUGUUCAUUUUCUUUAGACGAGAGAGCCAGAGACACCCACUCUUGCUCACACUCAAGCUUGGGAGGCAGCAAAGCCGGUGAUACAAAAAAGGGACGGGGGUGGGAGGGGACUGUACAGAUGCUGAGAGAGACAGAGUGGUGAGCAUCUGGAGAGGGGAUUCAGGCUGAUAGUUGUGAGCUGCCUGCUGAGUCCCCAGGAGAACCCCAACACCCCUCCCUCAUCCAACUAAACUAAAAUCGAGUCUCAGGAAAUCAUGCAUUUUUAAAAGAACCCUGCCAGCUUCUGGAGAGACUUAGAAGAGGUGCGAAGUCCUCUCUCUUCCUGAUGUUUCUGAUCACCUCAAGUAUCAGGAGGGUUUGAGGACCCUAAAUUGGAGGAAGAUCAAUUUCUUUCCUAUACCCACUUUCCGAGACAACCUUGAUUCCUGAGAAUCUGUAGCCCAGGAUAUUCUUCUGUCUUUGUGGGUAGGCGCUGGGGGUGAAGGUGGCAGGCAGGAUAGGGAUCAGACACACCUAGGCUGGGGGAAUGCCCCUCACACCUCCUCUCCUUGUCCCCAAGCGAGGAGAGGGCUAGUCCCUGUCCCCAGUGCCCCUUCCCACGCCGAGAGCGAGCGGGGCACGCUCGAACCAGGUGAGAGAGCUGGGGGAGCAGCAGGCACAGCCCUCGGAGAAGCUCCUAGCCUGGCUGCAGAGCCAGAGGGAGAAGCUUGGGCUCAGACACUCCUCCCAUUUCCCGGCCUUCCGUGUCCCCUGGGCAGCAGGCUGUGACCUUACUCUCAGACCACGAGAGUUGUGGAGAAGCAGAAAUAAUAAUCCGGGACUUGGAGGAGACAGAAUAGACCUAAGAAAUGGGGGGAAAUGGUUUCCCAAACCUGGGAAGGAGACAGUUUCUUCUUCGCCUCUCUCUUUCCGAAAACGAUGCUAGUUAGCAGAGAACUCUUCUCCGCUUCAACCAACACAAAACCCUAGAAAUAAUCCUUCCCCUUUGGUUCUCCCCUAGCCUGAUUAAGAUUCGAGAGAUUCAGGGAUGGGUAGCCACCCUUCCUUUCAGGGAAUGGGGCUCAAGCAACGCAGGGGUUAACUUUUCUGAAAACACAAUUAACUUUUUCCUAUCCUGCGUGGAAAAGGAGGGAUAUAUUUAUUUAAUCACUGGGGGAUGGGGUGGUGUCAAUUCAAAGCUCCCUCCUCCCUCAAAGGCACAGACGCCUUUUUCGCAGAUCCUACGUAGGUGGAACAGGACGGGUCGUGUUGUUGGUUGGGGGUGGGGGGGGGGAAGAAAGGAGAAGGGAAGAAGGAGGGGGAAAAAAGGUUGAUAGGUUUGUGCGCGGGUCCCUCGUGCGGGCUGCGCUCCUCCUGGGUGCUAUUUGACAAUUCCUGCCUCUGCCAUUGGUCAGUGUUGGAUCAGAUGGUUGUAUUUCCUUCUGGCCCUCACUGGCACCUCGCCAUCCCCCCUCAGCUAAAACCCAAUCUCAGAUAUACUACUAAUAGGCGCGGCGCUCGGACUAUAAAACACAACAAAUCAUAAACCCGGCGGAGCAGCAGCGGCCGUGCGCGCCUCCCUCCCAAUGAGUUCCUAUUUCGUGAACUCCACCUUCCCCGUCACUCUGGCCAGCGGGCAGGAGUCCUUCCUGGGCCAGCUACCGCUCUACUCCUCCGGCUAUGCGGACCCGCUGAGACACUACCCCGCGCCCUACGGGCCCGGGCCCGGCCAGGACAAGGGCUUCGCCGCCUCCUCCUAUUACCCGCCAGCGGGCGGCGGCUACGGCCGAGCGGCGCCCUGCGACUACGGCCCGGCACCGGCCUUCUACCGCGAGAAGGAGUCGGCCUGCGCGCUCUCGGGCGCCGACGAGCCGCCCCCCUUCCACCCCGAGCCGCGGAAGUCCGACUGUGCGCAGGACAAGAGCGUGUUUGGCGAGCCAGAGGAGCAGAAGUGCUCCACGCCCGUCUACCCGUGGAUGCAGCGGAUGAAUUCAUGCAACAGUUCCUCCUUUGGGCCCAGCGGCCGACGCGGCCGCCAGACCUACACGCGCUACCAGACCCUGGAGCUGGAGAAGGAGUUCCACUACAACCGCUACCUGACGCGGCGGCGGCGCAUCGAGAUCGCGCACGCCCUGUGUCUGACCGAGCGCCAGAUCAAGAUCUGGUUCCAGAACCGGCGCAUGAAGUGGAAAAAGGAGAGCAAACUGCUCAGCGCAUCUCAGCUCAGUGCGGAGGAGGAGGAAGAAAAACCAGCGGAGUGAAGGCGCUGGAAAGGGAGGGGGGACGCGAAGGGAGAGGCCCGUGGGGAGCUGAGGGCAUCGAGGAGCUCGAGGAGGCUCUGCGGGCGGGCGGGGGAGCCCGGGGACCUGCUCCUCCGCACAAGACAGGCGGGGCCCAGCGCUCUCCUGAACGCCCCCAUCCGCAGAGCUCUCGCUGGGCGUUGGAAGGCCGUGCCGCCUGAGGCCACCCAGCACUCCUCGCGCCCCCUCCAUCCCCGCGGAACCCGCCUCAGCCAGAUCAGGCUCCCCCGCGUGAGAACUAAGGACUGGACUCACUUGAUGUUUCCUGGAAGCAGAGCAAAACACUCUUGUCCGUGUCGCGUCUCAUUUCGUCCAUGUCCCCCGUGCACGGUUCAAUGGCAGCUUCGCAGUCCCCUCAGCGGGGGCCUCGAAGACUCCCUGACCCCAGACCUCUCUCCCACCCCCUCCUGAAAGCCACUGGAAGGAGCACACACUACCUAGAAGUAAGAAGAGGAGCCUGAGAAGAAAACAAAGUUCUAUUUUAUUAAUUUUCUAUGUGUUGUGUUUGUAGUCUUCUUGUCUUAGCUCUGGACGUGAAAUACUGCGGUAAUAAUAUUAAUAUUAUUAAUAAUGAUGAUGAUGAUGAUAAUAAAGAUGUAAAAACUC